AACAAGCGGAUUAAUACGCUUGUAUUUAUUGCCUCUUACUCCUAAUACAUUGUAAAUAUGGCAAUAGCGCACGUGGCGACCGAAUACGUGUUUUCUGACUUUUUACUGAAAGAACCCAACGAGUCUAAAUACAAAGGGGUGCGUCUGGAACUGGCUGCGGACAAACUGGUGGCUUUUAUCGCGGUGGGACUCCCUCUACUCCUCAUCUCUCUAGCCUUCGCCCAAGAAGUGUCUGUGGGUUCCCAGAUUAGUUGUUUCCCGCCAGCAAACUUCACCCUGCGCCAGGCUAUAUAUGUGGACUCCUUCUGCUGGGUUGCUGUGGAGAGCCAAACUACAGAGAAUGGCUGCCCCCUCUGGCUACAUAAGUUCUUUCCAUAUAUCCUUCUGCUGUUGGCCGUCCUCGUCUACGUCCCUGCUCUUUUUUGGCGUUUCACGGCUGCUCCUCAGCUCUCCUCAGACCUCAGCUUUAUCAUGGAAGAGCUGGACCGUUGCUACAACCGUGCCAUCCGCCUGGCCAAGAGCUUGGCAACCAGUAGCCCAAGUGCCAAGGACAUCUCUGAGGACCCCCACAGUGGUCUGGAGGUGGCAGAGGGCUGUUUUAAGUACCCUCUGGUGGAACAGUAUCUGAGGACCAAGCGUGGGACAUGGACACUAGCGUGGAAGUACCUGCUCUGUCGGGUUCUCACUCUGCUCACCUUGCUGUUAGCCUGCAUCUACCUGGCCUACUACAUCUGCCUGGUGUCCCCCACUGACCAGUUCUCCUGCCAUUUAUACACAGGUGUGCCUGUGAAUGGGAGUGCACCCCCUGCUGUGCAGUGUAAGCUGGUGGCGGUGGGCGUGUUCCGCUUGCUGAGCUGUAUUAAUGUGGGUGUGUACCUGCUGCUGAUACCUGUUGUGAUAUACUCCACCCUGUCACCCGCCCAUCCACACCAGCAUGGCCGCUUGCUCCGCCCCUACCGGCUCCUGCCAACAUUCGGACACGCCCAGGGGCUGCAGUUGUCCUCCCGUCACUAUGACGACCUGAGCAUUUACCUCCUCUUCCUGAGGGAGAACUUGAGCGAGCUGAAGAGCUAUAAGUGUCUGCAGGUGUUAGAGUUGCUGACAGGGGGAGAAAGUGAAAGCCUUGACACAAUGUGUCUUCUGAGGACUCUUGGACAAGUGAGGACCGAUUUGGUGGACAAAAAAGUGACCCCCAAUAUAGAUGGCAACAGCCAAUCUGCUCUCGUGAAGGAGGAAGUAGACUCUUUCAAGCUCAAAGAUCUCUCCACUGCGCUGCUGCAGGAUGGACAGAAAGAGCCCAGCUGUGGCUGUGAGAAGGACGUGAGGCAGAGAUUGGUCUGAAUUUCACCGUGGGUUUGUUUAAGUGACAGAGAGAUAGAAUUUGUGAAUUCAUGUCAUGCCACGCAUGUCCUCCAUAAGUCAAGUCAAGUCAAGAGGCUUUUAUUGUCAUUCCAUCUAUGUACAAGUACACAGUGGAGCGAAAUUACGUUCCUCCAGGAACAACACGGUGCAACAAGGAACAAAAAAGUACAAAAGUACAAAAUUACAAAGUGCGAACAUACAACAGUGUGCAAACAAAAAUGCGUAUGUACAUUCAUCUUAGUAGUGGUCGUUAUACCAGUUCAACUGGUACACCAGCUGAAAUUCUUCCUCAGGUAACUGUACUGGUUUCAGCAGAACCGUUAUACUGGUAAGCCACACAUAAGUGCAGAUAAUGCACAGAGUAAAACAGUACUGAAGCGUAUAUGAGGGUUGGAGGUGCAAUUGUGUGGGACACACAUAUGAGAUAAAUGAGCUGAAGUUGGCAUCUUUUUUAAAUUUCCCGUUUCACCUUAAAUGGUGCAGCAGUUUGAUUCAGGUGCCAGAAUGCAACUGCUACUCAAUUUAAGGUGGACCUUUAAAUUUGAACAAAAAGCAGCCAAAGAAGAGGCCAACUUAAGUAGAAAUUCAGUAGAGAUUCAGAUGUAAAACAACAUUCAGCACCAUUUUUGCCAGGCCUGCAGCUUGAGAAUGUAUUUAUACUGUAAUAUAUGCAAAUUUCAAUUAUACUGUCAUACAUUUUUGGCAAAAUCAACCACUACUAAUUCAUCAAUGUACUUAAAAGUGCUUCUGCAACUGUUUGUACAUGAGGUGUGAAAAUCAAUCAAAAACCCAUUUAAACAGUAACUUGCCUUAAAUGGUGUAUUGUAGAAAAAACAACUCAGAUUUCUUUACAGUGGUGGUGAUAGGAACCAGAAGUCAUGAUGUUUACAACACAAAUAUAGCCACUUUAUUCCAAAACCACCAGUGAACCUACAUGUGUUUUCUAAGUUUUUAUAUGUAAUGUUGAUAAUGGAACAUUAGUAGUAAAUAGGAAAAAAUAGGCUUCUUAUUAAUGAGUUUUAGGCCACAGUCUUGUAGCAAAAGUAUCAUUAACCAACAGGCAGCGUAUUCAUAACCAUUCUACAUUCCUGUGAGGUCACUUUUAGAGGCAUUAAAUGUUUGGGAUGUCUGGUUUCUGUUGUCACCCCUGUGAAUAAUUGCGACUUGGUAAGACAGUUAGAGUUCAGUGGGAAUUAUAGAGUCUAAUCAGCACGUUGUUAUUACUCGUGCAAUGCUGGAUAAAGAAAUAUAUUAAAUAUAAAUGCACUGAACAAGUGUCAUUAAUUACGCUAGUAAACACACUUUUUGUGACAAACUAA